CUAACAGUCUUGCUAUGGUCCUCGGUCUCAACUGUGAUACUUUUCUUCUCCACGGAGUCUGAUCUCAACUUCUGAUCAAAAACCACAAUCGCGAGUGGCGACUUUGACGGCGGAGGCGGAGAGGAAGAGCGAUCGGAGCUCCUGCUGUCCGCGUGAUUCUCGCUUGAGGCAGUGAAUUUGGAAACCUCGGCGUUGUUUUUUCCUUUUGGUUUUUUUGCUGGCUUCGGAGCUGUGAAGUGGAAACAUGGAGACGACGCCUCCGUCGUCGCCGUCGUCGCUAGCGUCUCCAUCCUCGAUGGAGUUCUAUGAUUUCCUCGACCGGAUGCGCAACCCUGCUUCUCUCGAUCUCGUUCGAUCCAUUAAGAGCUUCAUUGUAUCCUUCUCGUUUUAUCCUGCAAAUCCUGAAAAUGAUGGCAAAAAAGUGCAAGACUUCUUUAUGACAAUGGAAGGUGCGCUAAGGGAUCAUCCUCUCUGGGCAGGCGCUUCUGACAAAGAGAUCGACUGUGCAAUGGAGGGAUUGGAAAAAUAUGUCAUGACAAAGCUGUUCUCUCGGACGUUUGCUUGUUCUCCAGAGGAUUCAAACGUUGACAGGGAGAUUGCAGAGAAAAUUUCACUAUUGCAGACCUUCUUGAGGCCUGAGCAUUUAGAUAUACCUGCUAUUCUCCGAAAUGAAGCGUCAUGGUUGCUUGCAGAGAAGGAGCUGCUAAAGAUGAAUAGCUUCAAAGCUCCCCGGGAGAAGCUUCUGUGCAUUAUGAAUUGCUGUAGGGUUAUCAACAAUUUGCUGCUCAAUGCAUCAAUAUCAGAAAAUCAUGUACUAGCUGGGGCUGAUGACUUUCUUCCGGUUCUUAUAUACGUUACGAUCAAGGCUAAUCCUCCACAGCUGCAUUCCAACCUCAAAUUCAUUCAACUAUAUCGAAGACAGGCAAAACUUAUCUCUGAGGCAGCCUACUAUCUCACAAAUCUCAUCUCAGCAAAGUCAUUUAUUGCCGACUUAAAUGCCAGAUCUCUAUCUAUCAAUGAAAUCGAAUUCGAGGAAAACAUGCAAGCAGCUAGAGGAGCCAAUAAACUUGCACAUGAUGAGCCUGACCCUGCAGUUGAGGAGAUCGCUGCCAGGAGAAGACAGGGCAACCCUGGUCCUUCCUUUACAAUGAGUGAUAAAGAAAGAAUUAUGAAAGGACGUUCAACUUAUCCAUUCAUGGAAGCGAAAGCUGAUGAACUUACAGUUGGAGAUGUUGAAAGACUACUAAGCAUAUACAAGGAUGUAGUCAACAAGUACACACAUCUAAGUGAGGCAUUUAGGCAGCUCUCUUUGUCAAAACCGGAGUUUCAUCAUUUGGAGGGAACUGGUGGCUUGUUUGCCCAGCCACCUCAGAUAAGCAUUCGCAAAGACAAAGAAAGCGUCGAAGGAAGAGGUGAAUAAUGUGUCAAAAGCUUUUUAGCGGGUUUAUCAGGUAGGUAUUGGACUCUUCUUGGCCAUUAUACUACGCAAUUUUGUUGCCAAGCAUAACAUGUUCACGGAUCACAGGAUAAAACAUCACUUGCUAAA